GUCAGUGAAGCAGUAUUAAAUUUUAAGCUUGCAACAAGCGUCGAAGCGUCAUAGCUUUACUAAUAGAUAUUUGCCUGAUAAAAUUACGGGAAAUGAAGUACCGAUCACCUCGUGGAUGUCGUGAAAACGUUGAAUAAUAGUUGUUUUAUUUUUAAAGCUUAAGUGAGAGGAAAAUAUGAUGGAUAACUUUGUAAAAAUUGAAAAAAUAGGAGAAGGGACGUACGGCGUUGUGUACAAAGCAAAGGACAAACUUACCGGGAAACUGGUCGCCUUAAAGAAGAUUCGGCUCGAAACGGAAAGCGAAGGUGUGCCCUCUACAGCAAUACGAGAAAUUUCGUUGUUGAAGGAACUGGCCCACCCAAAUGUUGUACAGCUAUUAGAUGUUGUUCACUGCGAUAAAAAACUGUACCUCGUUUUUGAGUUUCUCCAACAGGAUUUGAAAAAAUUAUUAGAUUCUACCAAAGCUGGCUUGGAAGAUGCCAUUGUUAAGAGCUAUUUGCACCAAUUAUUAAAAGGGAUCGCAUUUUGUCAUGUUCAUCGAGUCUUACACCGAGACCUGAAGCCCCAAAAUCUGUUAAUAGAUAGGGAAGGUUACAUAAAAUUAGCAGAUUUUGGACUUGCUCGAGCAUUUGGAGUGCCAGUAAGAACAUUCACCCAUGAGGUGGUUACCCUAUGGUAUAGAGCACCAGAAAUUCUUCUGGGUACUAAGUUCUAUUCAACGGCAGUCGACGUAUGGAGUCUUGGAUGUAUAUUUGCAGAAAUGGCAAUGAGGAAGGCUUUGUUUCCUGGUGAUUCAGAGAUAGAUCAACUAUUUAGAAUAUUUAGAACACUGGGAACUCCAGAUGAAACUACAUGGCCUGGUGUAUCACAACUCCCUGACUACAAGUCCAUGUUUCCUCGAUGGGAUGCCAGAAGUUUGAACGAAGUUGUUCCAGCAUUUGACAAUGAUGCAAGAGAUUUGUUUUUGAAACUACUGAUCUAUGAUCCUAGUAAGAGAAUAACUGCUCGAAUGGCCUUAACUCAUCCAUACUUCAAAGGAGUAGAAUUAGUCCCACCUCCACUCCAGAAGAAAGACUGAUUACCAUAAGUAUAAUACAUUUAAACUAAUAUGCUAUGCUAUUCUGGUGCCUUCAACCCUCUGAAAGACAUUUAAUUUACACUACUGAAAAAAAUCGACUUCGUAUUAUAGCAAUGCUCGAAAUAUUAAUUUAUAGAUUGUACAUCUAGAACAAGACAGAUGAUCAUUUAUGAAAAAUUUGAAAACUUUAAUAUAUCAUCGUUGGAAUAGGAAUUCGAAUGCUUAGAUAAAAAUGAAUAAAAUAUUUUUUCAACAUAGAUUAUUAUAGUUGUUACAAGAGAUAUAAAAGCUGAGAAAUCCCUUUUCCAACUAAAUACAUUCUCUCAUUUAAAUGUUGCAGAAAUUUUUUACAUUGUCAGACCUAUCAUAUCGAUAUGUUACGCCAGUGUGUAAAAUAAUUCUAUCUAUCCAAAAUAAAGUUCAUUUCACAUGA